UUUUGUUACCUAAUAUUGUGUAAAGAAAGUCGAAUUACGGAGACAAACAUGGAGGGCGUAGAACAAGCUACACAGCAGUUAAAAAUCGGUGAGAUUUACACCUCAGAAACAACAGGAAAUGAUGAUACAGGUGAUGGCACAAAAGAAAAACCCUUCAAGACUAUUCUUAGAGCCAUGAAACAGGCGGGACAGGAACCAUUUCCUCCCAUCUAUGUCGAUAGUAAAAAGGAGAAUGAGAAAUAUGAAGUGGCCUCCAAGUCACAGCUGAAGAAGAUCACCAAACAAUUUGUGAGGGACCAGCAUAAGAAGGCUGACCUGACAGCAAGAGAGGCAGAAGAUGCUGAGAGGAGAGAGAAAAACUUAGAGGAGGCAAAGAAGAUUGUGAUAGAACUGGACAAGUCAUUGCCAGCCCCUCAGCAGAUUAAGAUUCGUCAUGCCGUUCAGACAAGGGAUGUCAGGGUCAAGGUUUUUGGUUGGGUGCACAGGCUUCGUCGUCAAG